ACCUAUACAUAAAUAAAAUAGGACAUGGGGCUUCAAACAUAGGCAAAAGGUAGAUAAAUGAACAUGGAACGAAAAAAAAAUGUGAAAAUUGUUGUAUUAGGUGACAUUGGACACAGUCCUAGAAUGGCAAAUCAUGCUAUAUCUUUAGCAAAGUGCGGACACACAGUUGAUAUAAUAGGUUAUGGAGAAUCCGAUUUGCCACAUCAAUUUAAAUUAUCUCCGAACAUAUAUCACCAUUUUUUAGUCUCUUGUCCUAGAAUAAACUGGAAACUUCUCAAUUAUAUAUGGAAAACAAUAUGGACUUCUAUCAAUCUCUUUUUUCUCUUGGCUAUAACACGUAGGGCAGAUGCACUGCUGGUUCAAAAUCCACCUGCAAUUCCCUCUCUGAUUGUUUCUUGGGUGUAUUGCAAGUUGAUAGGAGCUAAGCUAAUAAUCGAUUGGCAUAAUUAUGCGAAUACUAUUAUGGCAUUGAGUGUAGGAAGAAGAAGUCGUCUAGUAGCAUUAACAAAAUUAAUAGAAAAGACUUUGGGUCGAAGAGCUGACUACAAUUUUUGUGUUUCUAAAGCCAUAAAGAAUGAUCUCUAUGACAAAUGGGGUAUAAAAUCACAAGUGGUAUAUGAUCGCCCAGGUUCUCACUUUGGUUCAGUAUCAUUGAGUGAAAUGCAUGAUUUUCUCAAGGUUUUAGGUGAAAAGAAAGGCUUUCAAAUUUUCAUGGAUAAAAAUGAUCAAAAUUCUACCUUACUUACUGCACUCCAUCCAAACAGUAGCCCUUAUCUGAAGGAAGAUAGACCUGCAUUUAUAGUAUCAAGCACAAGUUGGACAGAGGAUGAAGAUUUCUCUAUUUUAUUAAAUGCUUUGCAAGACUACGAAAAUCAUUGGAGGGGUGGCAACCAGAAAAAAUUGCCUAAAAUGUUGGUUGCUAUUACGGGAAAAGGCCCUUUGAAAGAAUAUUAUUUAAAAGAUAUAGAAUGUAGAAAGUGGGAACAUAUUACGGUGAUUACACCAUGGUUAGAGGAUGAAGAAUAUCCUCUUUUCAUUGGAUGUGCCAAUAUUGGAAUAUCCCUGCACACUAGUUCUAGCGGAUUGGAUUUACCUAUGAAAAUAGUGGACUUAUUUGGCGUUAGGGUACCUGUAUUGGCAUAUAACUUCGAAGCACUGAAGGAAUUAGUUAUUGAUGGGAACAAUGGAUAUAUCUUCUCUAACCAAGAAGAACUUUCCAAAUUACUACAAGAUUUAUUUGAAGGAUUUCCACUCAAUGAAAGUGUAAUUAAAAAUCUGAAUAAAAUGAAAAAAGAACUUGAAUCAUUCGGAAAUUGGGAUAAAAUAUGGAAUAGUACAUGUAAACCGAUUUUUGAUUAAAUAUUGUUUUGAUAAA